AUGCAAGCUCUCGUACUCACCCUCGGUCUCCUCGUUGCACAGCUCGCCACCACCACCGCGAUGGCGAUGGCAGUUCCUCCAGCUCUCCAUCCCUCCGUCUCCGUCGAAGACCCAAAUGCCGCACUUCCGAUGAUGGAGCCACUGGAAGCCAUGGACACGGAGUUAUACUACCUUCGACAGCUGCAGGACAUGCGGAAUAGGAUGAACGCUCACCGAACAUCGAAGCGCUUCUUUUGCAACCCCUACGGCUGCAUCUAG